ACCCACGUCUCCUCGGUCUCCUCGGCUCCCCCACCCACCCAUGUCUCCUUCCUCCUUCCUCCACCACCCACGUCUCCUUCCUCCUUCCUCCACUCCCUCCUUUCUCCCUCCUAGCCUUCUCCCUCCCACCUCUCCCCAGCGGCGGCCGGUUGUGGCAAACGGAGAAAGGUUGCGGCCGGCUGCGCCCUCUCGCCAGAUAUGGGGGCGACGGCAGUGGCGGGGAAGGGGCGGCGGCUGGCUGCGGCAAAGGGCGACGGUAGCGGCGGGGAAGGGUCGGCCGGCUACGGUGGCAGGCGAUGAGUCCGGCGAAGAGCUCUCCUUCUCCCUCCCACCUCUCCCUAGCAGCGGCCGGCUGCGCCCUCUUGCCAGAUAUGGGGGUGGCGGCAGCGGCGGGGAAGGGAUGGCAACCGGCUGCGGUGGCGGGCGACGAGUCCGGCAGCAAGCUCCCCUUCUCCCUCCCACCUCUCCCCAGCGGCGGCCGGCUGCGCCCUCUUGCCAGAUCUGGGGCAACAGCAGCGGCGGGGAAGGGGCGGCGGCUGGCUGCGGCAAAGGGCAACGAUAGCGGCGGGGAAGGGACGGGGGCCGGCUGCGGUGGUGGGCGACGGGUCCGGCGGUGGGCUCUCCUUCUCCCUCUCCCUCCUCCGCUGCCGCUAGCUGCCGUCGCCACCACCGCCGUGGGCUGCCGCUAGCUAGGGGACGGCCGAAUCCGGUCGCCGCGAUGUCGGGGAGGCCGGAUCCGCCGCCGCCGACGACCUGGGAGGCCGGAUCCGCCGCCGCGACGACCUGGGAGGCCAGAUCUGCCGCUGACGCCGACGGGGGCAGCGCCGCGACGACUUCAAAUUUUUUUUCUGAUGCUUGAAUGCUUGGGUGAAUGGAAAUUUUUUAAUGUAAAUUGUUGAUGUAAUUUUCUGUUGAUUUUUGAAUGCGUGGUUAAAUUUCUGUGAAAA